AUGGACGAGCAUCGGAGCGUAAUAUGCCCAUUUGGAGAAGCUGGCAGAGUUCUAGAUGUGCCCUUGAGCUGCCGUGUCCAGGCAGUCUGCGUCGUCCUCCUCAUCUUGAUCUUGUGCCUCGUUUGCUCCUGCCUUUGGCGGAGCUGCUGGAAGGGCAAAAGCGCACCUGCCAGAGCCCUCCCAGAGCACUUCAGCGCCGUGCCCUCCGUGACCUCCGUGACUUCCGAACCGCCCAAGCCGCUUCCAGAGGCGCGUUCGAGCUGUUCGAGCUCCGAGGCAAGUCUGGAGGAGGGGCGGGAGAUGGCCAAGAUGGCCAGCCGCUACUCGAUCAAGUCCGCGCUCUCCAAGUGGACAAGGGCCAAGGCAAAGGUGCGCGUCGUCUGGAAGCUGAACCUGCAACAAGUUCAGAGCUGGCUCCAUGGUGAGGGGCAGGGCGCGCCGGAAGUCACUACUGCUGCCUCCAGGCCAUGUGAAGAGGCCCCAAGCGACGCGACCGCAGAAGAGGUGUCGGUGCUGCCCGAGAGAGGGGCGCCUGAUGAAAUCCCGGAUGCAUCCGCUGUGGUUGGGCAAAGCCCCGCUCACUGCGAAGAUGCGCACGAGGCAGCCAACUUUUUGUGUGUUGAUACAAUUGUCUGCAGUAACGCUUGGGAAGCGGAGAGAGAGGCGCUCCCAGCCUACGCAGACGGGGACCGCGUCGAAUACUUCUCGCCUACCUGUGGCCUUUGGCUCCUCGGCGAGGCCACCAGAAAACAAGGCAAUGAGGCGCCGUCCUUCCGCGAGGUUCUGGACCAGGUGCGCGCCAAGGCCCUGGAGGGUGGCUUGCAGCUGCCGCCUCGAGUUCGUGAGGAGGAGGCCGAGGAUGCUGCAGCCAGGUGCCGGGAUGCCUUGCUCCUGCUGUCCAACCUAUGCGAGCAGAGCGUGGAGGAACCAGGUAAUGGCCAGGCCGACGAACUGCGGCAUCUGGCCCUCACUCUGACGGCAAAACUCCUGGAGUCCUGCGAGAGCACAGAGCUGUCAAGCAAACCUUUCAUUGCGGCCGUUCGUCGCUUCUUCUCGGUCUCGUUGACGCGGAAUAGCCUGUCGGGAGGCUUGAAGAUGACGAAGCUGGCUCUGCGACUUGUUGUGGUGGUCAGCAGGAUCUUUGGCGAGUCUCUCAGUUGUGAGCUCGGCAUCUUCAUGGAUCAGAUCGUCCUCCCCGUCCUGGUGAGCGGGAACUCCAGCUAUGCGCAGAAGCACUGGAUGUUGCAG